UUGACACUGUGCUAUUAAUUUGUUUUGUCCUUCACAGUGACUGGCAGCAUGUCUAGUGUCCGGGUAGCAGUGGUCACAGGAGGCAAUAAAGGGAUAGGCCUGGCUAUAGUCAGCGCUCUGUGUAAGCAGUUCCAGGGAGAUGUCUAUCUGACAGCCAGGAACCCUCAGCUGGGAGAAGAAGCUGUUCAGGCUUUAAAGAAGGAAGGAUUGUCUCCGCUAUUCCAUCAGCUGGACAUCAAUGAUCUGAAAAGCAUCCAAUGCCUGCGAGACUUCGUAAAAGAAAAGUAUGGGGGGCUGGAUGUGCUGAUCAAUAACGCCGGAAUUGCAUUUAAAGCUGCAGACACAACCCCUUUUGCCACACAAGCUGAAGUGACCCUGAAAACCAACUUCUUUGCCACAAGAGAUAUUUGCCACGAGCUGUUGCCACUUAUUAAACCGAAUGGGCGAGUUGUCAAUGUUUCCAGCAUGAUGAGCUCUAUGUCUCUUGCAAAGUGCAGCCCUGAACUGCAGGGAAAAUUCCGCAGUGACACCAUCACCGAGGAAGAGUUAGUGAAACUAAUGGAGAAGUUUGUGGAAGAUGCCAAGAAGGGAAUCCACAAAGAUCAAGGAUGGUCAGACAGUGCUUAUGGAACAUCCAAAAUAGGAGUGACUGUGUUAUCUAGGAUCCAAGCUCGACAGCUAAAGGAGACCCGGAAAGGAGAGGGCAUCGCCCUGAAUGCCUGCUGUCCAGGUUGGGUGAGGACUGAUAUGGCUGGUCCCAAUGCCCCCAAGUCUCCAGAGGAAGGAGCUGAGACCCCGACUUAUCUUGCUCUUCUACCACCUGAUUCAUCUUCACCAUAUGGGGAGCUGGUCAGCGAGAAGAAAAUUGUACCAUGGUGACAAUGAUGGACUAUUCUAGAGUAAUUCUAUGUAGCCGUGUGAUGGGACUUAUUAAUGAUUAACUAGUUGUUGGGUUACAGUCACCAUUGUUUAGAGGAGGUUAGAAGAUGACAUGGAUAUUAUCACCUCUACUUUGGGAGAUUGUGUAACAGUAAUCUGGUGAAAAUGUAUUAAUCCUGUUUUUUUACCUGCAAUAAACAUUGAUCUAGUAAUCAUA